AUGAUGAUCAUGUGUCGUAGUUUCUCGAUCGUCUCAAGAGGUCGUCGUCGUGUGAUAUGUUCGCUGCAGGAACUACAGGAUCUUCAAGGCAAAGGACUGAAGUUUCCUAUUCGCUCUUUAGAAUCGAAACAGCAAUCAACACAAGCAGCUGAUGCAGAAAAGGUAGAAUUAACAAAACCUCGUCGACGUCGAGAUCUCUUGACAACUGGCUUUGUAUUUUUCAACGAAAAGACACAGGAGCCUCGUGCCUUUGUCAACAGAUGUCCACACGCGCUACUGGAGCUGGAUUUUGACGACAGUGAUUUUUUUUGCGAAGGCUUUAUUCACUGCAAAGCCCAUGCUGCAUUCUUUGAUCCAGAGACUGGAAUAUGUCUGCAAGGUCCUAUUUCGUCACGGAAAAGCUUGAGGGGCCUCGAUGAGCUUCAAAUAGUAAUUGAUGGUGAGAAUGUUGUGCUGUUGGAAGAUCAAUCCAAGGAGUACACGUCAUCAGCGGCACCUUAUGACAGUCAAGGACUGGAGACUUACAAACGUACGAAACAACUUGAACUUGCAGAGGCUCUUUCAAGACGGUCGGAGUUGUCAGAGGUGGAAGAAAUGCAGCAACAAUUGCACGAGAAGACCAUGGCACGGCUGAAGCAAUACGAACAGAUCGACGACUUUGUUCGUAGAAAAUGA